AUGGGGUUUGCUGAAUCUGCCUCUAUCAUGACCCUACUUUCGAUGAUUUGUGUAUCAACAUUGAAGAGAAAUCCCGGUGCCUUGGCGACACGAGCAUGUGGCAUUUUGGUAAAAAACGCACUGAAAAGUCCGGGAUACCCUAGCAAUUACCCAAAUUUUAUGGAUUGUGAAUAUUCUGUUCCGAUUUCACACGGAGGGCCAAUGGGAAUACAUUUCGACGACUUUGAUCUGGAAUUCGAAUCUUCAUGCAGAUAUGACUUUUUAAAAAUUUCUAAUGGACACGGUACUACGUUUGGUCCAUACUGUGGUCAACGGAUUGGACAGACAGUUGUACUCUUCGGAGAAUCUGCUUCGAUAACCUUCCAUUCAGACUUCAGUGUUCAAAAAAAAGGUUUCCUUCUACGUUUCAAUACAGCUCCAUAUGGUGGGUACAUCCCACCCGGUAUCUCUGUGCCAGCUGUUGUGGAAAUGUAUCCAGGAUCUAAAUUAGAUAUUUCAGUGACUGGAACGGUACCUAUGAACACAUCAAUAGUAAGAAACACUUCUGACCUAGUUUUAACAUCGGAAUCUGUCCACAUUCGUUUCAAUCCUAAUGACGAAGGGAACUACACCUGCGUGGCCACCAAUGAUUAUGGUUCUGACUCAAGGGAGUUUUCCAUUGUAUUCAGAGGAUGUGGAUCUUCAGCAAAUAACUCACUGAAAAGCCCCAGAUAUCCCUAUCCUGCUCCAAGACAGCUGAAAUGUGUUUAUUCAGUUCCCAUCCCCGAAGGAAAAGCAAUGGAAAUCUAUUUCGAAGAUUUUGAUGUGGGAUACAGUUGGUGGCAUGGCUGCAAUGAACAUGGUGUCGUAGAAAUUUUUGUUGAGCGGAACUUUUUCGGCAAAUACUGCGGUAGGAGAACUGGACAGACUAUUAUAGUUGGUGGUGAUUACGUCGUAAUAAAAUUCAAUUCAAUUGGCUAUGGGAGAGGAUUCUUUUUCCGUUUCAAUUCAGUUCCCGCUGCUCCACCCAGCAUUUCAGUACCAGUUGUUGUGGAAAUCUAUCCAGGAUCUAAAGUAGAUAUUUCAGUAACUGGAACAGUUCCUGUGAACACGUCAAUAAUAAGGAACACUUCUGACUUAGUUUUAACAUCAAAUUCAGCCCUCAUAAAUUUCUAUCCUAAAGAAGAAGGAAACUACACCUGUGUGGCCACCAGCAAGUAUGGCUCAGACUCAAAGGAGUUUUCUGUUAUAAUCAAAGGAUGUGGAUCAUUGGUAAACAACUCAUUGAUAAGUCCCGGAUAUCCAUACCCAGACUCAGUACAGAUGGAAUGUGUUUAUUCAGUGCCCAUUCCAUACGGAAAGGCAAUGAAAAUAUAUUUCGAGGACUUUGAUGUCGGAUACUUUUAUGGCUUGGUAACCAUUUCUAAUGAGCAGAACUUCAUUUUUGGUGAAUACUGUGGUCAGGGAACUGGCCAGACAGUUGUAGUGAGUGGUGAAUACGCCAUAACGACAUUCCAUUUCAGUGGCCAUGGGAGAGGAUUCAUCCUACGUUUUAGCGCAAUUCCUACUGUUCCACCCAACAUAUCAAUAGCAGCUGUCGUGGAAAUCUUCUCAGGAUCUGUAGUAGACAUUUUAGUGACUGGAACGGUUCCUAUGAACACGUCAAUCAUAAGAAACACUUCUGACUUGGUUUUAACAUCAAAUUCAGCCCUCAUUCAUUUCUAUCCUGAUGAGGAAGGAAACUACACCUGUGUAGCCACCAGCAAGUAUGGCUCGGACUCAAGAGAGUUUUCUGUUAUAUUCAAAGGAUGCGGUUCGUUAGUAAAUAACUCAUUGACAAGUCCAGGAUAUCCACACUCCGCACCAAGACGGAUGAAAUGUGUUUAUUCAGUGCCCAUUCCUUACGGAAAGGCAAUGGAAAUUUAUUUCAAGGAUUUUUAUGUUGGGUACUGGUAUUGGUGGCUCAGUGUGGGGUGUUAUGGCUUGGUAACCAUUUCUAAUGAGGAGAACUUCACUUUUGGUGAAUACUGUGGUUAUCAAACUGGGAAGACCGUUGUAGUGACUGGUGAUUACGCCAUAAUAACAGUCCGUUUCAAUGGCUAUGGGAGAGGAUUCGUCUUCCAUUUCAAAGCGGUUCCAACUGUUCCACCUAACAUAUCAGUAGCAGCCGUCGUGGAAAUCUAUCCAAGAUCCAAAGUGGAUAUUUCAGUUACUGGAACGGUUCCUAUGAACACGUCAAUCAUCAGAAACACAUCUGAACUAGUUUUAACAUCAAAUUCAGUUAGCAUUAAUUUUCACCCUUUUGAAGAAGGAAACUACACUUGUGUGGCCACCAGCAAGUAUGGCUCAGACUCAAGAGAGUUUUCUGUGAUAUUCAAAGAAUGUGGAUCAUUAGUAAAUAACUCAUUGAUAAGUCCCGGAUAUCCAAACCCUGGUACAGAAGAGCUAAAUUGUGUUUAUGAAAUUCCUAUCCCGUAUUAUGAGGCAAUGGAAAUUUAUUUCGAAGAUUUUGAUGUCGGGAACAGUUGGGGCCAUUGGUGUGGAUAUGAGUAUGUAAGCAUUUCUAGUGAGCAGAACUACUUUUUUGGCGAAUACUGUGGUCAGAGAACCGGGCAGACGGUUUUAGUUGGUGGUGACUACGCUUUAAUAACCUUCCGCUCCAUCGGUCAUGGGAGAGGAUUCAUCUUACGUUUCAGUACGAUUCCUGUUGCUCCACCAAGUCUGUACAUUCCAGCUGUGGUGGGAACCUUACCAGGCUUUAAACUGACAUUCACCCCGACUGGGAUUCCUCCUAUUCACACAACAAUAAGGAAGAACUCUACAGUGUUAUCUACCACAGUAGCAAGUGCUGCAGUCGUCCAGUUCCAUAAAGAAGGAAAUUACACUUAUGUGGCGAGCAAUCAUUAUGGAUCUUACUUUAAAGAAUUCUCUGUGCUAUUCAGAGCUGAUUGUGGAUACACAAUUAUAGAAAGGAAAUUGUCAUCCAAUAGGAUAGCAUCUUUACCUGAGAGAGUAUUUGCUGCAUUGAUAAAUCUGAAGCGUUUGUAUAUAUCUUCAACCUUGAUUUCCUCUUUACCUGAUAAAGUAUUUGCCAACUUAACGAGACUUACUUCGCUUGAUUUAUCUUCCAACAUGAUCACCUCUCUACCCAAUGAAGUGUUUGCCAGCUUAAAUAGUCUCUCUAUCCUGGAUUUAUCCUUAAACAUGAUUGCUUCUCUACCCAAUGAAGUGUUUGCCAAUUUAAACAGCCUUUUUGAGCUGGAUUUAUCUUCUAACAUGAUUGUUGCCCUACCUGAUGAGGUGUUUUCUGACUUGAGAAAUAUUCACGACUUGAAUUUAUCUUCAAACAUGAUUACCUCUCUACCUGAUAAACUGUUUCAGAACAUAACUGAGCUUCUGUGGCUGGAUUUAUCUUCAAACAAGAUUUAUUCUUUGCCAGAGAAAGUGUUUUCCAACUUAAAAAUCACUUUAGAACUGUAUUUAUCCUUCAACAAGAUUGCCUCUCUUCGCAAUAACGUAUUUGCCAACUUAGCAAGACUUACUUCGCUGGAUUUAUCUUCAAACAUGAUUGCAUCCAUCUCUGAUAAUGUUUUUACCAACCUAAGAGGCCUUCGGCGCCUGGAUUUAUCUUCAAAUAUGAUUACGUCAUUCCCUGAUAAAGUGUUUGCCAACGUGAAAUACCUUUGGUACCUAACACUGUCUGACAAUCCGAUAGAAAAAAUUGAGCCAAAGGCAUUUGGUCUGUCUUAUCAUGAAAUAAAAAUAACUUUGACAGACAGAAUCACCAGGGUGAUAGACUAUGAUUACCCAUCUGGCACCGGGAAGCACUCCUUGUAUCUCAAUCCUCUAGAAACACACGACGAAGCCAUCACAGUUCCUUCAACAGUGUCCCCGUCUGUUAUUUCUUUUCUACAUAAAGUGGGAUUCAGAAAGACGGCGUCUGAAAGUAACUACUUCAUAUUUCUACCCUGUCCGUUGGGUACAUUUUCACAUCACACCUUGUUUACCUCGGAGCUAGAUUCGGAUAUCUGCACAGAUUGUCCACCAGGUGGAUUUUACUCGGAUAAUCUUGCCUUCGUGGCGAAAGGCUGUAAGAAAUGUCCGAACGGGUCUUACGUUGCAUAUGACAAGAAACCUGGAAAAUCAGUGUUAGAUUGCAAGACUUGUCCUCUAGGAACCGAAACUGACUUUUUCGCUGGACAUCGAGCUUGUCCAUGCUUAGAAGGUCAUUAUCGAACUCACCUAUUUGAGGGAUGUCGCGAAUGUGGUAAAGAUGGACUUAUUUGCCAGAAAGAAUAUGCCUCCUUAAGACCUGGUUAUUGGUGGCAAUGGCGUAACGAUUCUUACAAACGUCGUUAUCAAGAUUUUAUAAAAAAUCUCGUGGAAUCUAAACCAGCAUUAGAUGAGCAUUCUGUGCAGUAUCCUUAUGCACUCCCAACGCCGUAUAGGUGCCAAGUACCAGAGUCCUGUAAGGGUGGAUUGGACUCACCAUGUGCAGAUGGAUAUGAGGGACCUAUUUGCUCCGUAUGCAGCUCAGGAUACUACAAGCAAUUCCACAGAUGCAAAAAAUGCCCAUCAAAAUCAUGGAUCGUGGGACAAUUAUCUCUUGUUGCUGUCAUUUUCUUAAUAACAUUUUCUCUGUUGGCAUGGAAGAGGAAAACGAAGCUUAAAACAGAGCGUGCUCUCGAUCUUAUGGACAAAUCCUUAUCCAAAUUUAAAAUCUUGAUAGGAUUUUACCAAGUCACUCAUGGCUUACUAGACGUUUUCUCCUAUAUCAGCUGGCCAGACUCGUUAGAAGUUGUUGCAAGGUAUUCAGGAAUACUGCAGAUGAAUUUGCUUCAGGUGGCACCCAUUCACUGCCUUUUUCCAGGAUUACACAUGAACGCGUUUGGAGACUUGUUUCUAAUCUUGUCAUUGAAUGCAAUUGUCAUCAUCGCUUCGGGUUUGAUCUUUGACAUUCGCAAGAUGAUUAUCUUUGGCAAUAAAAGCUUACUUGACGAAGAAAAGUUAGCCAAAACUUCACAACUGAAAGAAAUCGUGUUCAAAAAUCUGUUUUUCAUCCUUUAUGUGACUUAUUUGACUUCGUUUUCAAAGACAGCCAGUGUUCUGCCACUUGCUUGCCGUAAACUGUGCAAGGACAAAAAUGAACAGCUGUGCAACGAGUACCUCAAAGCAGACUACAGCGUGAAAUGCCAAGGCCAAACAUAUGACCAAUUGCUGAUUGUAGCCUACAUUUCCAUUGCGUACAUCUUUGCCCUACCUGCUGCGUCUUUUGUCGCCCUUUGGAGGCAUCGGCGAGCAAUAUCAACCACAGUAAACUGUGAUGGGUCACACGUUGACAAGGAAAUCGUUGGAGGUCUGCGGUUUCUUUUCGAAAACUACAAACCGUGCUCAUGGUAUUGGGAGCUGGUUGAAAUGUCUCGGAGAGUAAUUCUUACCUCUGGCCUUAUUCUCGUGGGUCAUGAAAGCAGGUCCUACAUUGGUCUGGCAUGGGUCGUGGCUGGUGUGUAUGGAAUUCAUUUCUCUUGGAUGAGACCCAUACAGGACCCAUUCGAAAACAGAUUAAUGACCACUUCCCUCGCCGUUACAGUUGUCAACUUAGGUAUCGGUGCUGUCAGCAAAAUUCCAGCAGAAAAUAUAUCGAACGCCGAGGAUAAACACAUGGAUGCCAUUUCAAUGAAGAUACUGAUUCUUGGAGCAAAUACUCUCGUGAUUGGGCUUCUCGUUGUUCAAUACCUGGUGUACGUAUAUCAGUACUUCAAAGAGUGGCGUAAGAACCCGCAAUGGUCCAUCUCGUGCUGCUUGGCCGUGCUCCUUCCUCUUAAUGAUUUGCAUGGCGAAAUUCGCGGUAUGGUUGGAAAGAACAUGCUUAAAGCACAGCUUCAGACAAGUAUGAUUAGAAAACCUUCCAUUGCAAAAGACCGUGGAGCUCUGAGUUUCACUCUGUCUCGAGAAGAACGUAGAGGUAAUGACGAGAAUACAACAAAUUCACUUGAGCAAAACUUGAUGGUAAAGAAACAUCGCAAGUACCGCCGAAUAAUGAAGAAUGACCAUGGGACACAAACAGAGGCCACUUCGCCACCGAUUCUUACUUCUCGCGGGUUAUUGGAACCAGCAUAUAUCUCUGUGAGUACUGAAUAUUGUUUCUUUACCAAAAUGGUCUAUGUUGUAAUCAGGUAA